AUGUUCGCGGGGUCCUUUCACCGUGCAAUAUCGUCUCAUCUACUCUGUCACACUUUACUGGUGCGGCGAACCUGUUCGUUCCCGGGAAGAGAUGGAUCGAGCGAUAGAGCUAGCACUGGAGCUCGAAAUGCAUCGUCGGAGUUUUGCAACUCAGCAUGGACGCGGUGA